AUAAUUUAAUUAAUUAAUUUAAAAAAGACCAAAAAAACCCUUCCAUACCAAAGGAGAAGAUUCUGACGGUAAUAACGGACAAUGGGAGUAACAUGGUGGCUGCCUUUAAAAACACCACAGCAGAAGAAAGCAGCUCUGAGGAGGACUCCCCUGGGUCCAUGAUGGAAAGUGACUCUGAAAUUGAUGACCAGCGGUACCAUCAUGUCGACAUGGAAAUGGACCGGACACCGUGCGUGGUGCAUACCAUACAACUUGUGGUCCACAUGUUGCAGAAAGAGACAACUGUCAAAAGAGUCCUCGAUAAAGCAAGGUUUGUGGUAAAACUCUUUCGCAAGUCCUCAGUUGCAACACAGAGGUUAUUGGACCAGUGUGGUGUUAUUGUAAAUGACUGCCCCACACGCUGGUCAAGCACAUUCAACAUGGUCACACGACUACUCACAGUCAAAGAUGCAGUCUGUCAAAUCACAAAUGACAUGGGAUGGGACAGUUUGCUUACAAGUGAGUGGCAAAAGCUUUCAUAUUUUCAUGACCUACUGCUGCCUUUUGCGGAACACACUAAAACUCUCCAGAGUGACACCACAUCUAUGUCCCUAGUUGUUCCUGCUCUCUUUGAUCUGCUGAGCCACCUAACUGAAUUUGCAGAGAAAACUCGGUACAGAGACCUCGCCACUCUUGCAGAGAAAAUGAGAUCAAAUCUGAACCAGCGUUUUGCUUGCCUCUUGGAUUCAACCGAUGAAAAGCUCUCAGCACUUGCAGCAGCUGCCUGCUUUGUCAAUCCAACUGCCUGUGAAAUCCUUGUUAAUGUUGAUGUGGCUGAUGGAAAUAUCAAUGAACUGCUGAAACAGGCAGAAGACUAUGUGGUCAAAUGCACAUUAGGCUGGAAAAGAGUGACAGUUUUUAUCACAGUUUAAAACCUUUUGCAUUAGACUUGUUGGCUAUACCAGCUUCUCAGGCUUUUGCAGAGAGGGUAUUCAGCAUCACAGGUGACCUCACAAGAGGACGGCGCAACAGAGGAAGGGUCACAUUGGAGCGAAAUGCUUUCCUUAAAAUGAACAGAAACAAAUAGAACUGUUGUAAUCACUACUAUUUACAGCAUUUGCUGUAUAUGCACAACUUGAAUCAUACUGAUUUGGUUUUUGUUUAAUUUGAGAGCAGAGAUUUUUUUGUUCCAUGCAAUAAUGGCAUUACAGCUUAGCAUGUAAUUCACUUGUUUUGAGUUGAGCUCAUUGAUACUAGUUUUAAUUAGUAACAGAAGAAAUUUUUAUUUUAUGUGCAAUGACAUUACAACCAAUGCAUAUUUUCAUUUACAUGUGUUUUGUUGUUCUUUUCAAAUGAACAUUAAGGAAAUAUUUGCAAUGGCAUUACACCUUUUGUUCUUAUUAUUUAUGCUUAUUAUUUUUGAGAAUUGCACUUUAUUUUUAUAUUUUUGCACUUAAUGUUUUUGAUUUUACACAGGCUGUAAGUUCAGAGUUAGGUGGUUAUCUGUUUUCAUAAAAUUGGACCAUGUAUAUUUUUCAGGGAGAGUGGUCUUAAGCUUAUAUUAUGUGAGCUCUUUGAUAUUUAAGAAAAAAAUUAAAUGCAUGUUUUGCAUUACAACAGUUAAAUCU